AUGACUCCCCAAGAAGAGAAGGAAGUUUCUGACGCCUCAUCGGACACCGGCUCAGAUCUGUCUGAAGAAGAAGAGACAAAGGAGUCCGAAGACCAAGUGCCUCUUGAGCAAUUUGCCACCGAUGAGAAGUUUGCAACAACUUUGGAGCUUCUUCAGCUGCCGCCAGCCGAAAGAAGCCGAGAAAAUGUGGAGUGUAUCUUUUCGCUGGUAAAAGACAAUAAGUUUUUUGCAGAGCUAGACGCUGAAAUGUCUCUGGAGCUUUGUCGUCAUAUGACAUACACCACCAAGAAAAAAGACAGAGUUGUGUUUUACAAAGGCGAUCCAGCGGACAACUGGUACCUGAUCCUCGCUGGCAACGCAGGGGUAUAUAUUGAAGAGCUCAAGGAUCCUCCAGAGGGAGACGGCGGCGAGCAAGGCGACAGCUCUGCAAACCAGGGCCGCGGUCUGAUCCGCAAUGACGUUCGGUCAGCGGCGCUAAUAGCACACAGCGACUGUCUUUUUCUAACACUGGAUAAAAAGUCGUUUCAACACUGUCUUGGCAACUUUCUUAGGCAGAAGACAGAUGACAAGGUACAAACACUCAGACAGGUUCUGCCAGGUGCCAGAGAUUUGCGCAAGCUUGUUGUGGAGCAACUCACAUACUUUUUUAAAGAAGCAACGUUACAGAAAGACAUGCCUUUGAGUACGGAGGGCAACAAAGAGGACACUUUGUAUCUUAUUGUGAAGGAAGAUACGUCGGCGAUUUCCAUUCGCUGUGUGCUGGAACACACGAGGGAAAGUUAG